AUUAUUUGUAAAUUUUAAAUAAGGUGGCUCUCACAGAGGGCACCCCGACCAUAUUGUAUACAUGAUCCCCAGGUUUCAGGUAGGAUGAUGAUAGCAUUUAGAUUGUUGUAGCUGGACCUGGAGCUGACAACAAUUGCUAUAAAAACCCAAUCCAUUUUAUACCAAUAAAAUAUUCUGAACUUGCAAAUUUGGGAUACAGUUUCUAUAGUUGUCCAUGUAUAGAAUGGAGUGAGCUUGACAAUGGCAUCUAUGUGUUAGUCUUUGCGUGACCAUGACCUAAGCCUUACACUGGGGAGCGAUUCGGAGGCGGAGCAGCGGUGUUUGGCAACACUCUGCCCAAUUCUCAUGGAAUGGAGCGCUGCCAAACACACAGCCUUACACUAACAAUCAAAUCAUGCCAUCAGUGUGCAAGUUCUUUUUUUUGAUAUGUUUUAAACUUUUACGGUCUCUAUGUGAUUAUAGCUCUAUCUGUUUGCAGACCAUGUUGUGAAGAUUUCUGACCAUUUUUUAUGAAUAAUUUUGAAAAGUUAAUAAUUGUAUAUAUUGUUGACUUAUCUAUUUGGUGCUCACUAACACGUGAUAUGUACUCUUAAUUUGUUCACUUAGCUAUAUUUUUAUGAAACUCUCAUAAUAUGGAGUACAUUAGAUUCAUGUAGAGAUUAUAUGUAAUUAGUUUCAAACACGGGCCUGGUCACGUGCAUCCCCACUAGUUUCUUCAAAAAAAAAAAUAAAGAGCGAUAAACAAGAGAAAGAAGAUGGAGCCAGUAGCCCAGGAGGAAAAAGGCCAGGAGACGGCCCAGGUUGACCCCAGUCGUGGCUCGGCCCCAAACUUCGCACGCCGCCCAAGACCGCCUCUUCCAGUCUUCUCUUCCUUCUCCUAUUCUCCUGGUCCUUUUCCUUCUGCAGCAAGCUCGUUCUUGGCGAGGGGCCGGGGGCGCGGAAAAUCAGUUAGAUCCACCACUUCGGUUCAAUCAGGAGCAUAAGCUUAAGGCGAUCAAGGCCAAAAUGGGUUCAGCUGAUGAUGAGUUCACCCCACUGUCUCAGUUAACCUUAGGAACGAACAAAUGUAGAGUCCAGGUGCGCAUCUCGCGGCUGUGGGAGUCCUUCAAUCCAAAAAAUGACAUAUUGUUCGGCCUUGAUAGCCUUCUGAUCGAUGAUCAGGGUGAAACUAUGCAGGCGCGUGUUCUUCCUGAUGAUAUUGAGCAGUUUGAAGAUCAGCUAGUUGAAGGGAGUGUAUAUGCCUUGUCGAAUUUUACAGUUGAGGAAACAAGGGAAAGCUACAUGACCUGUAGCAAUGAGUUGACUAUGUACUUUGGAGGGCAGACGGCCGUCAAUGAGAUAGAAGAUGCUGAUUUGAUACCCCUCUACAGCUUUGAGUUCAUUGAUUUUAAGGACCUCCGUUCUAGGUGUGAUGACGUUAGUGUAUUGACAGAUGUUUUGGGUCACAUAGUCUAUGUUGGGGAGUUUGAGGAGGUCUGGAAGAAAUCCCGUCUUAUAAAGAUUUGCAAUGCAACAAUUCGGAAUUUGAGAGGAAGGGAUUUGGGUAUCACGUUGUAUGGAGAUAUUGCUUGCGGUUUUGCUGAGGAUAUGCACGAGAAAGGCAAAGAAGCCUCAGUUGUUGCUGUCUUUGCAGGGAUGCGCGUUGAAUCCUCACAUUCAGUUUGCUCUACAACGUGUUCAGAUUACUAUCUAGAUUUGGAAAUACCAGAGGUGCAAGAAUUCUGUGCGAAUUUGCGCAUUCAGCAGGAAAACCCAGUUCCGAAGAAAAGUCCAGCUCAGAAGUUAGCCGAGAGUUGGCGAACAAUUGAACAGCUAAAAAGCCUCAAUCCAGAGGAGUAUGACGAGGAUACCUCGUUUUUGUGCAGAGUCUCCCUGAUAGAUAUAGACUGCAGCAGUGGCUGGUGUUAUCUUGGAUGCAACACCUGCCAAAAGUCAAUGUACAGGGCCCCAAGGAAAUACAAGUGCAGCCGAUGUGGCCCGAUUAAGAGACCAAUUCAAUGGUACAAGCUGAAGACAAGGUGCAAGAUGGCACCGGCACAAUGGACUUGAUGAUCUUCUGUGAGGUGGCUGAAGAGCUGGUCGGUGUCUCCGCAGAGGAGCUCGUUGAUGAGAUUGAGGAUGAUGAUGAGUGGUACACCCUGCCAGAAGAAAUCGAGGAUCUUCUUGGAUCGACCCACACUUUCCAAGUAUUUGACAAGUAUGGGAGCAGGAGCUGGUCGGUGAGGUCAAUCAUGGAUGAUGUUACUGUCCCAGUCCCUGCUGGAACCACUGCUCAAUGCAAGGAGGAACCUAUCCCUGAGGGCAGCAUUAACAUGGCAAUCCCUACUCAAUGCAAGGAGGAGCCUGUCCAUGAAGUCAGCAUUAACAUGGCAAUCCCUACUGCAAUCUCUACUCAAUGCAAGGAGGAGCCUGUCCAUGAGGGCAGCAUCAACAUGGCGAUCCCUACUCCAGUCACUGCUCAAUUCAAGAAGGAGCCUGUCCCUGAGGGCAGCAUCAACAUGGUGAUCCCUACUCCAGUCACUGCUCAAUGCAAGGAGGAGCCUGUCCCUGGAGGCAGCGUUAAUGUGGCGAUGCCUACUCCAGUCACUGCACAAUGCAAGGAGGAGCCUGUCCCUGAGGGCAGCGCUACCAUGACAGAAGCAAGCUCGGAGUCCACUUGGCUGCAGAAGCCUAACAAGCGUCUGCGAGGGGACGACUGGGUCAACUAACUCGUUGGACCAUGCUGUGAAUAGUUUUAGACUUUUAGUGUAUCUAGGCUAAUGCAUCCUCUAGGAUUAGGCAAUGGAUCCUUUUGUUCUCUUUCUUCUACCUCGGAACAUCUCUAUCUACUGAUGUGACUCGAUCUGGUGUUAGUGCUGGGUGUCCUGAACCCGUUUAACCCUUUUGGACAUUGCUUCCCUUGUCACAUCGUACAAUGGAAAGGGGAUGUGUUAGCUGGUUCGUGUGCUUUGUUAGCACCUCUAUGUACACGGUGCUCAUGGGUUUGGAAACAUGCUCCUAAUUAGCCUAAAAGAAACAUGAGAUGCAGCGCCUAAUUA